GAUGAGACCAUUGAGCUUCGCGUGGCAGUUCUAGGUUUAAAAGCUGACUGGAAUAUUCCCAUGGAGCCGGGGCAUAAGCAACGGUUCUACCUGGUGGACAUCUUUCAUACGUCAUGGUUCAAAGGGGCUGACACGGUAGUUGUUCUCAAGUACCUCGCGUACAAGUUCCAGCAGAUCUUUGCCUCCGAUGUACGUAUGCGGGUCGCUACAAAACGGUAUCUUGAAGAGAUUGCCAAGUGCCUACAUCAUUCGAAUGAGUUUAUGAGCUCCCUUUACAAAUCGGGCUUAUUCAUUCCCCCUGCGCGUUUGGAUGGGAUUGUACGACAUGGGCAAGAGCUGCUGGCAUCGUAUGCCACGUGCGCUGGCAUGGCUUACAAGCUACGCCUCCCAAGGUUCAAGUUCAAUCCGAAGUUUCAUAUGCUAUGCCACCUGCUCCUUGAUAUGCGCGAGGCACUUGCCAACAAUGACAGUGCCCUGAACCCAACCUCGUUUUCCUGCCAGAUGCCAGAGGACUUUAUUAAUAAAUGUUCCACUUUAUCGCGAGCUGUGGAUGCAAGAGCAAUCGCAAACCGAACGAUUGACCUGUACAGG